AGCCGUUGUGGCUCAAGAUAAGGCCACGCUCAAGAAAGGCCUCCCGCCUCACUUGCCCUUGAUGCAAGACUACAGGACGCAGGAACAGUACGCUGCGGCUUUGCAGCAGGCAGCCUUGCAGCAGCAGCAGCAGCAGCAGCAGGCGCAGUAUGCGCAGUACUCGCAGCAGCCCUGCUCGCAGCAGGCAUCGCCUCCGCCGCCCUCCUGGGGACGCAGCCUGCCACCCCCGCCGCCUCCGCCGCCGCAGCGGGGGCUGUCCUUGGCAGUGCGCGCCGACGCCGUCCCAGGGAAUGCGGACCAGGACUCGGUGUCCGGCGAUUCUUCUGCGUUCGCAGCCCUGACCGUUGGCCACUAUACCCGCGUCACGCCGCUGCGCAUCGCGGACCGCCCCCCGAUGACGCCGCUCCAGAAGGCCUUCGGGGGCCUCUUCUACGGCCAGCUCCUGGUCCAGCUCGCCGCCUGCGCCUGCGUGCUGGCGACCCAGAACGCCUACCGCGCCGACGGCUUUGACGUGGAGUGCGGUCCGUCCUAGGGCGACCUGGACGCCGCCCGCGGCAUGUGCGUCGACGCGGGGCUGAGGGCGCGGCUGGACGGCUGCGUCCCGACGGCGGCGGACGGCGGGGCCGACGGCGGGGCGGACGGGGUCCUUCUGGACGGCCGGCGGCUCGGCACUCUGGACCUGGACGUGGGGCGGCUCGGGAGCGGCGGGCGGGUCGCAGGUGGAGCAGCCCGAUGAUUCGGACAUGGCUUCCCGUAACGCGGGGCUGCUCUUGAUGCUGCUGGGCGGGACGGCCCUCGUCUGCCUGGGGUGGUUUCUGGUCCUCGGGGCGUUUGCGCGGGCGACGACGUGGGGCAUGUUGGGUUUCAACGUCAUCAUGAUGUGCUACAUGGCCUUCCUGACCCACAACUGGAUGCUCCUGAUAACCGCUGCCAUCGUCUUAGUAGUGGCAUUCCUUGCGAGGGCGAACAUCGAGGUGGCAAUCCAGGCGAUGGGGCUCGCCGCAUCGGCUCUGAGGUCCACCCCGGGAACUUUUGCGGUGUGCUUCGCUUUCAGGGUCGGGUGGUUCAUCUAUGCUGUUUCCCUGUCGUGCGUUGGCGUCUUCCUCCUUCCGAACUCGAUGGCCGUGGGUCCCAGUUGCGAGCUGGAGCAAUCAUGGGCCGCUGCAUUUUGGAGCGGCUGCUGCCCAGUCCUCUUCAUCAUCACGACGCUCUUCUUCAAGAAUUGCAUGCUCUCGGUAGUUGCCUUGUCCGUCGGCUGCUGGUACUUCCCAGACGCGGCUGCCGAACUCGGGGAAGAGGCGUGUGGUAGCCCGGCGCUCUACGGCGGCAAGCUCGCCCUCACAACCUCCAGCGGCAGUGUCUUCGCGUCGGCGCUGAUGAUGGGUGUGGUGGAGGCACUCAAGCAGCACGAACUGCAUCCCUGCUGGUGGCUGGACCCGAUGACGUGCGCGAUGAAGACCCUGUGGUGUGCUCUCGAGGGUGUCGUGGGAGCGCUCACGCGCUUCGCGCUCAUCGCGCACCUCUUUCACGGGGAUGGCCUCUGCCAUAUGGGCACGAUCGCGAAGGAGCUUCUCAGCCGCCACCUUCCCGACGCGGUCGCCACUGGUUUCAUCGCGAAUGUCAUCAUGAACCAGAUGGCGAUGAGCCUCGCCACCAGCUUUGGCUUCCUUGUGUGGUACCUGCUGGACCAGUGUGAGCACAUCGGUGUCUUCAGCACCAUCGCGAAGGACAUCAAUGAGAUUGCUCAGCAGUCCCCCGAUGACAGUUCUACCCCACAGCUUCUGGUAGCAUUGCUCACCUGGUCCAUGUACCUAGGCGCUCGAAGGCCAAUCAGCACCCUGUUCUUCUCCUGGAUCUUGUACGGCCUCGCGCCUUUUGUGGACUGGAUCUUCAGCCUGCCAGGACUGCUGGAGUCAUACCUUAUCUCGGCGUUCAUGGCAGCCCUGGCGUCUAUCAUCUUUGGCUACAUGGGCUCCGUCAUGGAGUACGCCACGGACACCGUCUUCUACUGCAUGGCCGUCGAGUGCGAAGGCGGCCGGUGCGACGCCCGCACGAUGAAGCUGCACGAGGCCAUGCAGGCGCAGCUCGGAAAGGAGGAGGAGCAGCUGCGCGAGGGCAGCGCGGGUGGCGAUGUCUGAGCGAAGCGGCGGUCCCCCGCACCCCCCCCCGCAGGCAGCCAUCUCUCGAAGAUAAACACAAACUUUCCUCCAACAUGCAUGUAUGCAGUUUUUCUGGUUCCAAUCUUGGGCCAGGCCUGCUGGCUUUCUGGCUUGACCGCCCCGAUUCGGCUGUGGUGGCUUGGUUCAGCCUUGUUCGGUGCUUCGUUCACGACUCGACCUGGGUUCUGCUGCCUCUCGUUCCUCCCUCCCUCACCUCUCUCCCUCCUAAAAUUAGCUGAGGCUUCUGGGAUCCUCCCGAAUAUCAGCCUCCAGGGCUGGAAGAAGACACUACUGCAUAAGCACAAACUUGUACCCCGACAGUGUAUGUUUACGCCGGGGUUUGCCCUCCUGUGCGGCGCGUUUAAAGGACUGCGCCGCGCCUGUGCACCCUGCCGCCCCUCCCCGGUGCUGGGCACCGCGUGCCGGAGCAGGCACGUGGCAUACGCAGGGCCUUCGGGGCUACCCACGCCCGUGCUGCGUCUGGAGGGCGGUGCCGCGCUCACGCACAUGUCGGCGGCGUGCAGUGCCACGGGGGGCAGGCUUGGAGGCGGCUGGGGGUUCAGGUGGCCCAGCACUGGCCCUGGCCAGCACGGAGAACCCGACCGCUUCUCAGGGCAGGCCUUCUCGGAAGGCGGCGGGGCUUCUCAGAAGCCUUCCGGCCUUCUGAGAAGCCGUCUGUGUCUUCAGAGGCGCCUUGGAAAUCUGUUCAGGAUGCCUGAGGCCUUCUGAGCCUUUUGAGAAGGCCCGCCCCCUCUGACUUCCCCUGGGCGACUCUUG